UUGAAAUUAAAAAAAAAUGAAUAAGUCAGCAAUCAGCAUCAGCAUAAGUAGAUUGAUUAUUAUAAAUAUAUGGAGAGAGGGGUGUUCAUACUUCAUUGAGAUCUAAGAUCACUUGAAUACUUUUUUAAUAAUUUGCUCAUCUUUAAAACAAAAAGUCAAAAUUACAAGAAGAAGAAGAAGGAGAGAAGAAGGAACUCACUUUCUCCCCACAGAGAAAAUAAAUUCAUGGCUUCUACUUUGCGAUUCUAUGUCACCUUCCUCACCCUCCUCCUCUUCUCUCUGUGGGUCGUGGAGGCACACACGUCAAGAAAGCUGAUAUCAAUCAAGGAACAAGAAGGUCAAAAUAUAAGUCAUUUGCUCAAAGAUGGUGAAUUCGAUGAUCCUUCAUUGUACAUGUUUUUCAGAAUCAAAGAUCUCAAAUUAGGAUCCAAAUUGCUCGGUUACUUCAACAAAAACGAUCUUGAAAACCUUCCUCCACUUCUCACAAGACAAGAAGCUGAUCUCAUACCGUUCACUAACUCAAAGCUUGACUUCCUUCUCGACCACUUCUCUAUCCCCAAAGACUCUCCACAAGGAAAAGCCAUGAAGGAGACUUUGGCACGUUGUAACUUCAAAGCUAUUGAAGGAGAGCGUAAGUUUUGUGGGACUUCUUUGGAGUCAAUGCUUGAUCUUGCGAAGAAAUCAAUAGGGUAUGAUUCUGAUCUCAAGGUCAUGACGACUAAAGUAAUGGUGUCGUCCCAAAACACUAAAAGCUACACUUUGCAUAACUAUACAUUCGUGGAGGUUAAGGAGCUUGUUGGGAUUAAGAUGUUGGGAUGCCAUAGAAUGCCAUAUCCGUAUGCUGUUUACUUUUGCCAUGGCCAUAAAAGUGGAAGCAAAGUCUUUGAGGUUAGUCUUGUGACAGAUGAUGGGAGACAACGGAUCGUAGGACCGGCUGUUUGUCACAUGGACACGUCUAUGUGGAACGCUGAUCAUGUAGCUUUUAAGGUGUUGAAGAUAGAACCGAGAUCCGAACCGGUUUGUCACUUCUUUCCUCUUGAUAACAUUGUGUGGGUUGCAAAGUAGGUGAAGCAAACUUAGCUUUUGUAUGAUGUGAGUAUGUGUAUUCUAAUAACUAUGGCUUGAAAGAAAAAAAGAAAGACAGUCUUGUUGGUUUUGGUGUUGCCUCUUUCGUGUGACUUGCAUCUCCUAACGUGAAAAUACUACUACAAUGUAACAUAUAUAUAAUCUCAUGCGUCCUAAUAUUUCAUAUAAUACUAUAACGUGUGUAAUUUUUGGUCA